CCUCACGCCAUAUGUGACCACACCCAACUCGCACUCUUUUCUCACAAUAUCACAACCAUGGGGUCGAUGGUGUGGGAAAGGCUCUGGCUACGCCUGAAGCCUGUCGUGUGGCCGCGCUGGACAUGGAGAUACAUUCUUUGCUGCUGCGUCGCCACCUACCUCGUCUACUGCACUCUUUUCUCUGGCCCUGUCUUGUCGUCGAGGCUACCGCCAUACACAGGUCCUUAUUCCGUGGGCGCAAUCGACGUUGAGGUCCCCGUCGAGACCCGAUCUAUCCACAAUGCCACAUUCAAAGACGGUGGCCAUCCGGCUUUCCAGUUGGAAACCGUCUUGUUCACUCUCUAUUACCCCUCCGACAAGGACGCCGUAUCCUCCAAACCACAGCAUUUUUGGGUGCCGAAGCCGCUCCGAGUGACGGGCAAGGGAUAUGCUCGAGUCGCUCGCAUCAGCAACUUCGUCACUAAUGCAAUGCUCACAUUUGGACUGUGGGCAUUGGUGGGAAACACCAAAAUCCCUGCGCACGUCGACGUCCCUCUGGAUCAAUCCCCAGUCGUGCUCCAGUUACCAGAUUUCCAAGACUACCCCGUCACACACGAGAACGGGUUUCCGGUCAUGGUCUUCUCGCACGGAAUGGCCAGCUCCCGGACCCAGUACACCCAGUAUGUUGGGGAGCUGGCAAGUCGAGGAAUCGUUGUGGCUGCCAUCGAACACCGAGAUGGCAGUGGGCCGGGUACGAUGAUCAUGAAGCACGGCGCGAAGUCGCGCAUUUUACAUCACUUUGAUGUCCGUCACUUGACGCUUGACUCGCAGUUGGAUGGGGACACCUUCAAACAAGCCCAGCUGGAUUUCCGGCAAGCCGAAGUCGAGGAAACCGUCCAAACCCUAGAGCAUAUCAACAGGGGUGGCGGCGACGAAGUUUUCGUGUCGAAUUCCCGGUCCGAAGGACAAUAUCUGCACCAGUGGGAAGGACGACUAGCCCUGAACAACACUACGAUGGGAGGGCACUCAUUUGGCGCCACGCUGGCACUCCAGACAUUGAAACAAGGCCCUUCCAAACUUCUCCCAUUCCAAGGUGCUCUUGCUCUUGAUCCUGGGAAACAAAGCGGGCCUCUCAACCACGAUGUUCAAGUGCCGACUCUGAUUCUCCAUUCAAAUUCAUGGUCGAAAAGCCAUUCCAUCUUCUUUGGCAGACCACAUUUCGACGUGGUCAAGGAUGUCGUCCAGGGUGUUUUGAGGAGAGGAAAGGAUGCAUGGUUCCUUACGUCCCUGGGCACAUCGCAUCCAUCAGUCACCGACGCGCCACUGAUUGAGCCGUGGCUGCUUCGGUGGACAACAGGCUCCACGAUCGAUGCACACGAAGGCGUCAAUCAAUACGUCAAGGUGUCAGAGAGGUUUUUGAGGUUCCAAAGCACUGGAAACAAAAGAGGCAUCUUGUCACAAUGCGUCACGCAUCCAGAAUACAAUGUGGAAGACAAGAAUAGGACGGACGCUGGGCCCUUGCCCAAGGAGUUCCGCAAAUACUGGCAGAUCCACGUCGCGCCGUGCGGUCCAGAAGAAGGAGAGAUAUAGAAGACGGCCUGAUUGAUAUGUGUUGGACGCAUCCAACUCAGCCCGGAGUAAUUUACUCUUGUAUAACGAUUUGGGAUCGGGCUAUGCUACGACUAAACGACUAUAACGCCUGUGGGAGAUCCGAGUGGUGUGACUUAUUUGCCUUCCGAGCUAUAAGACUGGAGAAUAUACUUCCAGUCUCCAUGUCACUUCUGGAAUACAAUAUCCGAUUGGUUUUCGACGCGGCUCUUUAUCCCUCUGCCAGAAAGCCCCGAUUGGAUGCCUCUGUAACGUGACAGAGAUGCAUUGUCGGUUCUUCUCGUGGUCUCCAGAACUUCACGCAUGGCCGAUACAGAACGGCCUUCCAAAGGGAGGAUCUCUAAGUCGCUCAAAUGGCUCUUCUAACGCUACAGUUUGCCCAAAUCCUUCCGCCUCUUCACCGCCUGGUCAUACUCGGCGUCAAUGUCGUCCGUCCACACCCAGCGCAUCCGGUCAAUCACGCGCUUGUGAAUCUCGGGCACGCACUGGUCGAAGGGGA